UUGAUGUGCUCUGAAGAAGGAGUCAACGCACUCGGGCACUGCCGCUCCUUCCUUCCCCGCCAGGAACUCACUUCUCACCAUGAAGCUGCUGUUUCUUCUUUUUCUCCUUCUGAUAUGUCUUUCUCAGAAAGUAGUAGGGAACAAAAGAAAUGGGAGAUAUCAACAAUGUGAGAGAAUGGGUGGCCAUUGCAAGAAUCAGAAAACGCACGGAUGCUCCAUCCUGCCUGCUGAAUGCAAAAGUCGGUACAAACACUGCUGUAGGGUUUAA